AUGCCUUCAGAUCUCGCCAAUUUGAAGAUAACCAUCCUAUGCAUAUCUUCACAUCUCUCUGAGUUUGCCCGUGGCAUCGCAAAAGCCGAUAAGCGAACUUGGCCAGGUGUCAUCGUAGCCUGGAACGAGAAGAAGAAAGACCCCGAUGCCUUCGCUGUGAACCGCGUUAAGCAUCAAGCUGGGUUCCACAGACUGAUGGAGUAUGCAGUGUCACAAGUUGACAUUGUGGUCGGGACCCCAGUUGCUCUGGUUGAGUUUGCUCAGCAUACCGAAUUCGUCCCACAACUGAUCGUCGUGGAUGAAGCUGCUCGCCGGACUGAGAAUCUAUCGCUUGCCCUCCAGGCUCAAUGGCAGUCUGCGUUCUCUGUCUACAUCAGCGAUACUCAGCAGUUCCCGCCUAUCGGACUCACUGUUGAGCAGCGUGACUUCAAGGCUGUCUUCUCCUACCAGAGGCAGAUCAGCCUUUUCCAUCGUAUGGAAAAUGGCGGCAGAAUUCUAGCGCGCACGCGUCAACGCCGUCUCGUAGGCUCAAACCAUGUUCUAUGGAAGUUCCACGAUUGGGUGAAGAAGAAGUUCACACGCUGGGGCUGCCUCUCAGCGACAUUGUUGAUUCGACCCGACAAUUCUGAAGAGACCAAGAGUGGCAACAGUUUCUCGAACCCCGCCAACGCCAACUUCGCGGUGCAGCUCAUUGUCCAACUCUAUCAAGCUGCAGGGACCGUCGAAGCUUGUGACUUCUCCAGGCGCGCGUCAAUUCUCAUCCUGACUCCAUACAAAGCUCAGAGACGAAUGUAUGAUCUCUUGCUGCUGGAGUUGACUGAGGCCGAAGUCCCCAAGACUCUGGUUGAAGUCCGAACUAUCGACGACUCACCUAGCCACGAAGCAAACAUCAUCAUCCUCGACUGGGUAUGCACUGUUAAAGAAGGGGUUUAUCACUGAUUCCCACCGUAUGGCGGUCGCUCUUUCUCGUGCUCGUCUUGGUACCAUCGUGAUUGGUCCUGGCAAGAAAACCCUCGUCACUUGGCUGCUGAACCACCUCGUUGGUUACCUCGAGGAACGCAGGGCAGUCAUUGAUCUCAAGGACCACUGCCGCUGGUACCUAAUGUGCCAGAACUGCUGUCAACCUGGUCACCUUGCCACCGACUGCAGAUUUCAGCCCAAGUGUGUUCGGUGCGAUGGAGCAUCCCAUGCGACUCGCAACUGCCCCCGCGCAGAGUAGACAUCUGCUUCUGAACCAGUCACUGCUGACGAUGGCAUCCAGCGAGAUGUUCUAAGGCCUCCACGUGUUGACUUCUCUGGCUCCAAGCGGGUCAAGCAGAACAGUGCCCAAUCGUGAGGAUGUUUUUGCGAAGCCUGACAAACACAAGAACG